CAUCCUGCGAUCGUCAGUAGACGAUGACCACUCGGUGGCGUCACAUCGUUUCUCGAUCGUGCUAAAUUGCUUUCUCUGACGCGAGACGAACAUGUGGAGUCGCGCGAUCUUUCUGAUCCUGGUGACCACCGCGCCCUGGGUAGCCUGCUUGUGGCAUGCGGACGCGGGUCCAUGGUUUGAAGCCACGAAAGGCGAAGUCUGGCCCAUGCCAAAUUCGCGCGUGGUAAAAGAAGACUUCUAUCUAUUGCGACCAUCGAACUUUGAUAUUCGAGUAAAUGGCGAGACAUGCGAUAUAAUAACCGAGGCGAUUGAACGGUACAUGAGAAUCAUCUUGACGGAAGCAAGGAUAGCGAGGUUAGUCACGGAAGGGCAGCCAAGAACAUCCGUUCGGGAUGAUCCCCAUUUUAAAGGCACUCUUGAAGCCCUAAGCAUCCGUCUUUUAAAACCUUGCGAACAGAAUGGCGAUCAUUGGCCACAUUUGUACAUGAAUGAAUCUUAUAAACUCGAGAUAAAUGAAACAUCAUCAGUCGCUAUUCUUCGAGCCGAAGCCGUCUGGGGAAUCCUUCGAGGCCUUGAGACUUUCUCACAAAUAUUGGCACCAUCCGGUGGCGCGAGCUUGAAAGUAAAAUGUCAGACUAUCGUGGAUGAACCGAAACUGCCGCAUCGCGGUCUUUUACUGGAUACCUCUCGCCAUUAUUUACCCCUGUCUGACAUCCUAUUAACACUGGACGCUAUGUCGUACAACAAAUUGAAUGUUCUCCAUUGGCAUAUCGUCGACGAUAAUAGCUUCCCAUAUCAAAGUACCAGAUAUCCCGAUCUAUCCGCUAAAGGCGCUUACCAUCAAACAAUGAUCUAUACACCUAACGAUGUACAGAAAGUCGUCGAUUAUGCAAGAUUACGAGGGAUUCGAGUGAUGCCUGAAUUCGACACACCUGGACAUACUAGAUCAUGGGGUUUGGCUCAUCCGGAAUUAUUAACUAUAUGUUAUGACUCUUCCAGGAAACCGAACGGUAAAUUAGGUCCGAUGAACCCGACGAAUCCGGCGCUAUACGACUUUAUACGAAAUUUGUUCUCCGAGAUCGUGCAAGUGUUCCCGGAUCAAUAUCUCCACCUGGGUGGUGACGAAGUACCCUUCGAUUGCUGGGGCAGCAAUCCGGAAAUUGGCGACUACAUGAAAGCGCACAAUAUGUCCAACAGAUACGAGCUGCUCGAAAACCAAUACAUAGCCAAGAUACUCGCGAUCAGCAAAUCGUUGGAUGCCAAUACUAUCGUAUGGCAAGAAGUUUUCGAUAAUGGCGUCGUUCUACCCACAACUACGGUAGUGCAUGUUUGGAAAAUACCGAGUUGGCAAAAGGAGCUCGAGAGAGUGACGAUCGCAGGACAUCCGGUCUUGCUAUCAUCUUGCUGGUAUUUGGAUCACCUCUCUAGCGGCGGUGAUUGGGAGAAGUAUUACAAUUGCAAUCCCUUUGACUUUGCUAAUGCGGCCAAUGCCACUCAUUUAAUGCUCGGCGGCGAAGCCUGCAUGUGGGCAGAAUUUGUCAACAAAAAUAAUGUGCACUCGAGAAUCUGGCCACGUGCGAGCGCGGCAGCCGAACGUUUAUGGAGUUUCAACAAGCAAGAAAAUAAUGUUGCCGCUAAACGUCUAGAAGAGCAUGCUUGCCGCAUGAAUAGACGCGGUAUUCCCGCCCAGCCGCCGAAUGGACCAGGAUUCUGCGUGACCUAGUCGGUUCCUUAUCAAUCUAAUGCCUUGUUUAAUUCAUGUAUUAUACAUAUUAAUCUCGCGUAGCGAGAUAUACGAACCGUCAUUUUGCGGUCACUCAUUCAUCGCGGUAUUACAUAAAAACAUGUAUUUCAUAAUAAAUAUAGUUUGAAUAAUAUGUAUGUGAAUUUUUACUUUUUUUUUACCACAUAAAAUUACAUGAAUUUAGUAGCGUUAUUCACAAACACAUGUAUUAAUAAUAAUUAAG